AUGGGCACUGUGGCAAAGGCAUCCAACAAUACGAUAUUUAAAAUUGACUUCAAGCCAGCCGCAGAGGUCUAUCAAGAGUGGCUCGAUGUGGCGUUGGAGAAGAGCCAGACUGAGCUUUCAUCGACAGAUUUUCCUCGACUAGGCAGUCUGCAUCCGCUGAGCAUUACAAUCGACUUCGUUUCGAAUCAAAUGGAGAUCGACCGCAGUAUUGACGCUCAAUCCUCCUCGUCAUGGUGA